GGGUGCCUCCGCAGGAAAAACCAUAAGACCUCGUCGUCAUGUUCCCGGAGCCUCCAACACCCGGGCCUCCAGCGCCCGACACGCCUCCUGACUCGAGUCGCAUCAGCCACGGCCCCGUGCCCCCCUGGGCUCUGGCCACCAUCGUGCUGGUCUCAGGCCUCCUCAUCUUCAGCUGCUGUUUCUGUCUCUACCGGAAGCGUUGUCGGAGGCGGAUGGGCAAGAAGAGCCAGGCCCAAGCCCAGGUUCACCUUCAGGAAGUGAAGGAGCUGGGCCGGAGCUACAUAGACAAGGUGCAGCCAGAAGUGGAGGAGCUGGAGCCGACGCCUUCGGGACCAGGGCAGCAGGUGGCUGAGAAGAAUGAACUAGGACGACUGCAGUACUCACUGGACUAUGACUUCCAGACUGGCCAGCUGCUGGUGGGCAUCGUGCAAGCUGAGGGACUGGCAGCCUUGGACAUAGGCGGCUCCUCUGACCCCUACGUGCGGGUCUACCUGCUGCCAGACAAACGGAGGCGGCACGAGACCAGGGUGCAUCGGCAGACGCUGAACCCUCACUUUGGGGAGACUUUUGCCUUCAAGGUCCCCUACGUGGAGCUGGGGGGCCGGGUCCUGGUCAUGGCGGUGUACGACUUCGACCGCUUCUCCCGCAACGACGCCAUCGGGGAGGUGCGAGUUCCCAUGAGCUCCGUGGACUUGGGGCGGCCCGUGCUGGCCUGGCGCGAGCUGCAGGCGGCACCUCGCGAGGAGGAGAAACUAGGAGACAUCUGCUUCUCUCUCCGCUAUGUCCCCACGGCCGGGAAGCUCACCGUCAUCGUCCUGGAGGCCAAAAACCUGAAGAAGAUGGACGUGGGGGGGCUGUCAGAUCCGUAUGUCAAGGUCCACCUGCUGCAGGGCGGCAAAAAGGUGCGGAAGAAGAAAACCACCAUCAAGAAGAACACUCUGAACCCCUAUUACAACGAGGCCUUCAGCUUUGAGGUGCCCUGUGACCAGGUCCAGAAGGUGCAGGUGGAGCUGACUGUGCUGGACUACGACAAGCUGGGCAAGAACGAGGCCAUCGGGAGGGUAGCCGUAGGGGCAGCGGCCGGGGGGGCUGGCCUGCGGCACUGGGCAGACAUGCUGGCCAACCCCCGGCGGCCCAUUGCCCAGUGGCACUCACUGCGACCCCCUGACCGAGUGAGACCUCCGCCGGCACCCUGAUGCCCACCCUCAAGCCCCUGCCCCCAGGCCCCUGCCCAAAGCCACGCCCAUGCCCACCUUUAAGGCCAACACCCCCCACUCUACCCGUUCCUGCCUUCUCCCCCAUUAUGCCAAUCAUGGUAACUUACCAACUACCCCGAUACAGCACAUACCCAGAAGCCCCAGGGGCCCCUGGGGAAAGGGAGGCAGUCUGGCCUCCCCCCACCCCAGGGUCCCGCCCUCUGCUUUGACAAUCAGUGAUCCCUUGGCUCCCAAUGCCCU